GGUGUCCGGCGACCUGCGCCACCAGCCGGCCACCGCCACGGCGAGGGCUUCGUUGCACGGAUCCGCGAUCCAGGGAGUAGGCCAUGCAACUAGGAGGAGGGGAAGAAUCCUGCAAGGAUCCGGGCAACCCGCCGGCGACCGGCCACCAAGUCCGCGGCAGGGCCGCUCCAUCUCCAUCCCAUUCGUCGCCGCCGUUCCCCUCCACCGAGCCAUCGUCGUCCGCGGAACAUGAGGACGAGCAGCAGCAGCAGGCCACGGCGAGCCUGCCGGAGGACGCCCUGGUCGAGAUCCUGUCCCGGGUGCCCUACAGGUCGCUCCGCCGCUUCAGUUGCGUGUCCAAGCCGUGGCUUGCCCUCUGCUCCGAUCCCAAGAUCCGCAGGAGGUGCCCGCAGACCCUCUCCGGCUUCUUCUACUCCGGCCUCCGUGACAUCAAGUUCCACAAUUUGCUCGCGGGAGGUGCUCCCCCUAUGCUCGAUCCCUCCAUGCCUUUCCUGCGCGACAGCUACAUGCUCGUCAUACUCGUACAAUGCUGCAACAGCCUUCUCCUCUGCCAGUGCAUGAAAUGGACUCCGGGGGGAGGAUCCACCAUUGAUUACGUCGUCUGCAACCCCGCCACAGAGAAGUGGGAUGUGAUACCUCCUAUAGCAUUGCCGGGCCGAGAGGAACGCCCACUUGCUUAUGUGGAGAUGACCAUUGUCUAUUUAGGUUUUGACGCGGCCGUUCCGUCCCGCUUUGUGCUGUUUGUGCCCCAGAGCGGCCAUUGCGACGAAACUACAGAGGUAGCCAUCUACUCGUCGCAAACUGGAAGAUGGACUUCCGUGCAGAAUGAGUGGGGCGACCAAACUAUUCUGCAUCCGAGUCGGGAAUGCGUCUUCGUGAAUGGGACUAUGCAUAUCACUACCCUUUAUUCCUCAGUAGCCACAGUCGACGCCGAGGGGAAAGUUUGGAGGAAUAUUAAACUGCCAUAUGUAAAAAGCAUUCAUCCUUUUGCUGCUCCUGAUUCCACUGGUCACUCUCAGGGACGCUUCUAUGCGUGGCAGAUAGAUAAUGAUGGUGACUGCCAACUCUAUGUUUGGGUUCUUGAGGAUUACGACAGGGGGAAGUGGACCUUGAAGCACACUGUGGAUGUUUUGGAACUGUUUGGAAGGCAUCACCGCAAAGAUGGGGAGUCCUAUAACAUGUUUGCAAUUCACCCGGAACUUAAUUUGAUUUUCCUUGCUGAUGGGAAGGAGAUGGCGGUGUCAUAUGAUAUGGAUGACUGCAAAGUGAAUGUUAUCUGCACUUCUGGAGAAUUCGCGAGAUUUGGUGGUCUACCUUAUACUCCUUGUUUUGCGGAAUGGCCAUCAGAUGGUCACUAAGAGUCUGCAGCUUCACAAUCUAGCACGGCAACAAGAAUCGGUGGCCGCUAUAUAUGGACCUAUUCUUCUAAUUUUGGCACUGGCUUGGAAAUGUCGAAACUCUUUUGUCUGCAGUUUGCAAUUCCUGUAUGUUGUUGUCCAGGUGCAUGCCUGUUUGGGCUUUGAACAAUGUUGGUUAGUCAAGACUUUCUAAGGGUAAUGCUUAGUUGUGUCAAUGAACCUAGUCAUUUAACCUGCUUUCUGUCAUGUAGUACUACAUAUUGUGCCCGCUUGUUAGCUCUUGAUGUUGCCCUGUUCUUACUUCAUUUUCAACAUUUCAAAUGCUUAUAUGUGGAUUUCCUCUUGUAUAUUGCAGCAAAUAAAGAGAGGAUAAAGAAGUAUUGUUGUCUUUUUU